UGCCGCCAGUGUUGGUGGCACUGCUGGCUGGCUCGGUCAGGCAGCCAAUCGCUGACACCACGUGUGCUGCUGCUCCUGCUCCUGCUCCUGCUCCUGCUGCUCCGCUUCUUAUAUCGUUGUCGCUUCUGUUGUGUGUAACGAAGGACAUGGCUGUUGCCGCCGCCGCCUCCAUUAUAUUUCUCUCUCUCUCAAAACGUUGCUCCCACAUUUAUUUCAAUUCCACCUGCAUGACUGAUGAGAGAUCGCUCAGCUAUGUCGAUCAAGCUGUGGGGCGUCAGAGAUCGUGGUGAGAUCGGAGUGGCGCGGCAUUCCCGCAGAGUGUUGGAAGGAAGGAACAAGGGAGGGAGGGCGGGCGGUGGCGGCAGCAGCAGCAGCAGCGGCUCCCCGGUCGACAGUGCCAGCCCUUCUGGCAGGUCGGCGGCGGCGGCGGUGGUGGUGUUGGUGUUCGUUUAGCGGACUAGCUUCCGAUUGAGAUGGAAGUAGUGGGAAAGACUUGAGCCUCAGUGCCUAGACUCUCGUGUCAUUCUCCGUCCAACUGACUGUGGAGUUUUUCCCGUCAAUAUUUUAUAAAUGUCACCGUUGGAGAGCAUAAUCCAGGGAGACCACAUUUCGGCCGGCAAUAUUGAUUAGAACGUGUCUACUGAGGACGACGACGACUCGUUGAAUUGUGUUGGAGAGAGAGAGAGAGAGAGGGAGAGAGAGAGAGAGAGAGAGAGAGAGAGAGAGAGAGAGAGAGAGAGAGGCCGCCAGCUGGUUGAUGCAGAUAGCAGCCAGCCAGCUCUCUGCUCUGCUCCCUGUGCUCCCUCCCUCCCUCCCGACACCACCAUCUGUUCGUUCAGUGACCACUUCGGUACCUGGAGGAUGCACAUCAUAAAGAAGUAGUGCAGUUGGCGUCGUCCGUCGUGAUCGUGGCAGUGGCAGUGAAUGGAUGCAUUGUUAGCGCAUCCAGAGGUGCAGCCGAGGGAGGCCUCCUGUGUUUCCCGUAGUGUGGGUGUUUUGAGGCGGUGCUCGGCUGACAUGAAGAAGCGAUCGUGUUCUUAGAAAGGAAUCGCUCUCGUGAAUGUGCUUGCGCUGUGUAGUUGCUUGCCUGCCUGCAGGAAGAAAGUCGAGUGAAGGGGUGGACGGGGGAGGGGCACGCCUCGCCUCGCCUCUCAUGCAGAAGUCUUCUUCUUCUUCCUCCUCCUCCUUCUCCUCAUCCUCUUCUUCUUCUUCUUCUUGUUCUGGAUGGCAGUGAGGACGUGGAAGAGGUGGGUGAGGAGGGGCGGAGGUUGUGCUUUGGGAAAGGCGUGAGGCGGCGUGAUGCAGCAGCAUCCUCCACCUUCUGCAGGGCCUGCCUCAGCGCCUUGUCCGCCUCCGCCUCCUACUCCAGCUGCGGGAUACGGCUACGUGUGGCCACCGCCACCACCACCACCGCCCCCAUCAGCACCGGGCGCCCCUCUCCUCCGGGUGUACGAUCGCCUCGCCACCCACUUCCUUCGACAUCAGGCCUUCACUCCCGUCGAUCUCAUCAGAGCAGCGCCUCUCUCCGUCAUAGCCAACAAAUUGCCGCAGGGGCCUCCUCACCACCACCACCACCACCUCCACUUCUACUGGCAUAAGCAGAGGGCUCCUUCCGCUGCACCAGGUGAUGUGGGUGGAUUUGGUGGAGGGCCGGGUGGGGCGGCGGGCACUUCACUUAGAUUGAACCAGUACUCUGCGACACAUCCUCCUCCAGCUGCUGCCCCACAGCCCCCACAAGGACCCCCACAGUUACGGGCACAAACACAGCCCCCCCCACAUAAUCCUCACAACGCCACAGCUGGGGCUCCAUCUGCGCCUCAUUCGCAGCAACACCAUACUACACAUACCCAUGCUACACUUUCACAACACUCUCAGCAUCAUCCAGUUUUACAGACUGGUGGUGUAGGUGGUCACGGGACGGGGGGAGUGGGCACUGGUGUAGGCCAAGUUGGGGGAGUUCCCCCUGGGCCCAGUCCAGCACCCCCAGGUCCUCCCCAUGAGAUAAGCCCACAGACCUUACCCCCUGGAUCCACACAACAAAUACAACAGGGUUCUGGUAAGUAAAUUAAAACAAGAUAAUUCAGCUGCA